AUGUUCUCUUCGGGAGCACCAGCAGUAAAAGCAGAGGAAACUUUGCUGCAACCAUUGCGGCCAACGAGGCCCUCUACGACAAAACCCACCAAGCCAGAUUACUUUCCCAUGUCUCUUGUACGGAAGCCCAUGGGUCCCGCGAUUUAUCCAGGGGCCGCAGCCGCAGAAGAUGUCUCAAAGGGGCUUUUGGUAAGCGAUGCAUUACACGACAUGACAUUCUACACAGGGGUCUCCGAAUCCUUGCCCGAUGCCGGACGCCCAGUGCUUAACUCGCUGUUAUUUAGUCAAAGACAUGUGGUUAAUGACAGUCCUUCGGUUGAAGAAGAAAUUGCAAGUAUAAAUGAGCGCAUACGUCUAUGGCGUGCCUCCCGCCUCCAAGAAGUAUUCACCAACUACGAACACAGCAAGCAACAGGCCCUACUAGACGAGAAAGUGGAGGAGCGCAUAAAAGAGCGUCAGGCUGCGGAGCGAGAUCGCACUAUACGCCGGAUCUCUCGGAUGCUUGAUUCUCUCAUCCCCGAAUUGGAAAAGGCGAUUACAAAGACGUCUGAGGCAAAAUUAGAUGUGCUCAACGCUGCUCGGCACGAGGCUCUCCUCAAAAAAUGGAAAGAGCGAGACGAGAUGCAACAACGUUUCCUGCGGGACAUGCGAAUUGCGGAACGCCGUUGGCUUGUUGACCGUCAAUUUCAAAGAAACAUGGAUGAGCGUAAUUUACUGGAUUCCCAGCAUUACUACAGUUUUUUGGAGCGCAAAAUGGAGGAACGUUUGGCGUUCCGUCACUUGUGUGAGGCCUUCUACAACGAAAAGAUUAUUGUCGGUGUGUAUGACGAUGAAAGAGAAGUAAGGAAAAGAAUGAUUCGGCUAGAGGCUGAAGAUAGGAUUGAUAUAAACAAAAAACUGCGUAAGUUUAUUCCUCCUAAGGAAAUGGCAGCGACUACUGAGGAAAAAAGAACAGAAAACGAUGACUCUAUAACAUCGAGCCCGAAAAACAGACAAGAUCCCGGGAAGAACGUGGAAAAAACUAGGGACAUUCAGGCUGUCGAGCAGCAAGAGGAUAUUCAGGAACUGGUGACCCCGGCUGAGGAUAUUCAGGAACUGGUGACCCCGGCUGAGAAUGUUCAGGAAUUGGUGACCCCGGCUGAGGAUGUUCAGGAAUUGGUGACCCCGGCUGAGAAUGUUCAGGAAUUGGUGGCUCCGGCUGAGAACGUUCAGGAAUUGGUGGCUCCGGCGGAGGAUGUUCAGGAAUUGGUGACCCCGGCUGAGAAUGUUCAGGAACUGGUGGCUCCGGCUGAGGAUAUUCAGGAACUGGUGGCUCCGGCUGAGGAUAUUCAGGAACUGGUGACCCCGGCUGAGGAUAUUCAGGAACUGGUGACCCCGGCUGAGAAUGUUCAGGAAUUGGUGACCCCGGCUGAGAAUGUUCAGGAACUGGUGACCCCGGCUGAGGAUAUUCAGGAACUGGUGACCCCGGCUGAGAAUGUUCAGGAAUUGGUGGCUCCGGCUGAGGAUAUUCGGAAACUGGUGGCUCCGGCUGAGGAUAUUCGGAAACUGGUGGCUCCGGCUGAGGAUAUUCAGGAACUGGUGACCCCGGCUGAGGAUAUUCAGGAACUGGUGACCCCGGCUGAGAAUGUUCAGGAAUUGGUGGCUCCGGCUGAGGAUAUUCGGAAACUGGUGGCUCCGGCUGAGGAUAUUCAGGAACUGGUGGCUCCGGCUGAGAAUGUUCAGGAAUUGGUGGCUCCGGCUGAGGAUAUUCGGAAACUGGUGACCCCGGCUGAGGAUAUUCAGGAACUGGUGACCCCGGCUGAGAAUGUUCAGGAAUUGGUGGCUCCGGCUGAGGAUAUUCGGAAACUGGUGGCUCCGGCUGAGGAUAUUCAGGAACUGGUGGCUCCGGCUGAGGAUAUUCAGGAACUGGUGACCCCGGCUGAGGAUAUUCAGGAACUGGUGACCCCGGCUGAGAAUGUUCAGGAAUUGGUGGCUCCGGCUGAGGAUAUUCGGAAACUGGUGACCCCGGCUGAGGAUAUUCAGGAACUGGUGACCCCGGCUGAGAAUGUUCAGGAAUUGGUGGCUCCGGCUGAGGAUAUUCGGAAACUGGUGGCUCCGGCUGAGGAUAUUCAGGAACUGGUGGCUCCGGCUGAGGAUAUUCAGGAACUGGUGACCCCGGCUGAGGAUAUUCAGGAACUGGUGACCCCGGCUGAGAAUGUUCAGGAAUUGGUGACCCCGGCUGAGAAUGUUCAGGAAUUGGUGACCCCGGCUGAGAAUGUUCAGGAACUGGUGACCCCGGCUGAGGAUAUUCAGGAACUGGUGGCUCCGGCUGAGGAUGUUCAGGAAUUGGUGGCUCCGGCUGAGGAUAUUCGGAAACUGGUGGCUCCGGCUGAGGAUAUUCAGGAAUUGGUGACCCCGGCUGAGAACGUUCAGGAACUGGUGGCUCCGGCGGAGGAUAUUCGGAAACUGGUGGCUCCGGCUGAGAAUGUUCAGGAAUUGGUGACCCCGGCUGAGGAUGUUCAGGAAUUGGUGACCCCGGCUGAGGAUGUUCAGGAAUUGGUGGCUCAGGCUGAGGAUGUUCAGGAAUUGGUGACCCCGGCUGAGAAUGUUCAGGAAUUGGUGGCUCCGGCUGAGGAUAUUCGGAAACUGGUGGCUCCGGCGGAGGAUAUUCAGGAACUGGUGACCCCGGCUGAGGAUGUUCAGGAAUUGGUGACCCCGGCUGAGAACGUUCAGGAACUGGUGGCUCCGGCGGAGGAUAUUCGGAAACUGGUGGCUCCGGCUGAGAAUGUUCAGGAAUUGGUGACCCCGGCUGAGGAUGUUCAGGAAUUGGUGACCCCGGCUGAGGAUGUUCAGGAACUGGUGGCUCCGGCUGAGGAUGUUCAGGAAUUGGUGACCCCGGCUGAGAAUGUUCAGGAAUUGGUGGCUCCGGCUGAGGAUAUUCGGAAACUGGUGGCUCCGGCGGAGGAUAUUCAGGAACUGGUGACCCCGGCUGAGGAUGUUCAGGAAUUGGUGGCUCCGGCGGAGGAUAUUCGGAAACUGGUGGCUCCGGCUGAGAAUGUUCAGGAAUUGGUGACCCCGGCUGAGGAUGUUCAGGAAUUGGUGACCCCGGCUGAGGAUGUUCAGGAACUGGUGGCUCCGGCUGAGGAUGUUCAGGAAUUGGUGACCCCGGCUGAGAACGUUCAGGAACUGGUGGCUCCGGCGGAGGAUAUUCGGAAACUGGUGGCUCCGGCUGAGGAUGUUCAGGAAUUGGUGACCCCGGCUGAGGAUGUUCAGGAAUUGGUAGCUCCGGCGGAGGAUUUUCGGAAACUGGUGGCUCCGGCUGAGAACGUUCAGGAAUUGGUGACCCCGGCUGAGGAUAUUCAGGAACUGGUGGCUCCGGCUGAGGAUAUUCAGGAACUGGUGACCCCGGCUGAGAAUGUUCAGGAAUUGGUGACCCCGGCUGAGAACGUUGAAUCCGCCGAGCAUUGA